AUGAAUAUUCGCGUCUUUUCCGCUGCCUUUCGCCAUGCCUUCGUUGAUUUCCUUUUCCGCCUUAUACAUCGCCGCCUUUUCGGAGCGCAGCUUAUCGUCGGUAAUCCAAAUCCCGCUCGACUCACUGAGAUUACUGCCUGUUUUCAUCUUUCGCGCCUCCUCGAGGGCGCGGAGGCGGUUUUGCUUAUUUUGCAGCGCAUUUCGCCGCGUGAUGGCGGCGAUUUUGUUGAGGUACGCACACCGCUGGGGGUCGGUGACGUAGUGGUAGAAGUCCUCGGCCUGCCGUGCGGCGCUCUCCCAGCUCUGCAACGUCUCUUGGUUCACCACGUCGUCCAGGAGGGGGGGCUGGGAGCUGAACUGUGA